AAUUCUCCCUCUGUUUGCUAUUUAUACCAGCCCUAGUUGGAGAUUUCCACUUUGGGUUUAUCUGAGUGUAGUUGACCUGUUGUCUGAGCUUUACUGAUUCAAAAACCAUGCCUAAGUGCCCUAGCUGUGCAAAAGAAGUUUAUUUCGCCGAGAAGGUGACUUCUCUUGGCAAAGAUUGGCACAGAGCAUGUCUGAGAUGUGAAAAAUGCAAGAAAACUUUAACUUGCGGCAGCCACGCUCAGCACGAAGGAAAACCAUACUGCAACAUACCGUGUUACAGCGCGCUGUUUGGGCCAAAGGGGUUCGGCCAUGGAGGAACAGAGUCACACACGUACGAUCCCAAGGCGAAAAAGCCCACCACACAAACGCAAGGACACGCAACAAACAGCCGAUUGCUAAACCUCAAAAUGCCCAAGUGCCCAAAAUGCAGCAAGGAGGUCUAUUUCGCGGAGAGGGUGACCUCCCUCGGAAAAGACUGGCACCGGCCGUGUCUCAAGUGUGAGAAAUGCAAAAAAACGUUGUCUCCUGGAAGUCAUGCAGAGCAUGAAGGAAAGCCCUACUGUCACAAACCCUGCUACGCCGCUAUGUUUGGCCCUGGAGGCUUUGGGCAUGGAGGCACCGAGUCGCACAAAUACUGAAACCCUGUACAUCACAUUAGAUAACCGACGUGGCGGAAAAAGUCGUUCGAUGUUUUAACCUUGUAGUCUCGCCAUGGAAACAAUGUCUGUGUAGAUGCUGAUAAUAAAAACUGCUUCCUAAAGCAAGAA